GGAAGCAACUCAGUUUAAAGCUUCUGAUCUCAGUGAGUCGGUACCAGUGUUCCCAGCAGCAGUGAUCCAGCUCGGACUCCUUCUGCUCCACUGACUGGACUCUUUCAUGUGAGGAGAACCAGGACCCAGAGUGUUUGGUAUCAGAACCACUGCUGGAGUCGUGAUGACAUCAGAGAAGCUGUUAAACAUUCUAGAAGACUUGAAAGAUGAGGAAUUCACUAAGUUCAAGUGGUUCCUGCAGCAGCCUGGAAGCCUGGAUAACAGACCAAUUAAAAGGAGACGAGUGGAAGGAUUCACUGACAUAAAAACAAGUCGACUGGAACACACAUCACGAUGUGACACAGUGGAUGUGAUGGUGCAGACGUACAGACCUCAUGGAGCGAUGGAGGUGACCCGGAAGGUUCUAGAGAAGAUCAACAGGAACGACCUGGUGCAGAGUUUGUCUGACAGCAGCUCAGAACCAGGAGUGGAUGUCAGUGAUGCUUGGGAGACGUCAGAGACCAGACCACCUUCCUCUUCUCAGGCUCCUCUUCCUCAGACUCAAGAUGUGAUGGUUCCAGUACCAGAGCCAUGGCCCAUCACAUAUUACCAGCAGACGCUUCAAUCAAACCUCCAAGACGAAUUUCUGUGUGUGAAACCAGGCUGGUCAGAAGACGAUCAACGACUGGAUGACAUCUACACAGAGCUGUACAUCACAGUUGGGCUGGAUUCACACAUCAACACACAGCAUGAGGUCCAACAGGUUGAGACGACACAGCAGAAGCAAAGGUCAGCAGAGGAGCCAGUGAAGCCCAGUGACCUGUUCAAACAUUCCCCUGGUAAAUACAGACGCAUCAGAACAGUGUUGACCAAUGGAAUUGCUGGAAUCGGAAAAACAGUCCUUGUGAACAAGUUUGUGUUGAACUGGACCCAACAAAGGUCCAAUCAGGACGUGCAUCUGAUUUUCCCCUUCACCUUCCGUCGGCUGAAUCCACUGAAGGGAAAGAAGUUUAGUUUGUCAGAGCUUAUUCAUGAAUGUAUCCCAGAAACUGAGUCCAUCAGUCUGGAGGCUCUGAAUUACAUCUUUACACAUUUACAGUCAUCAGGAAACAGCAACUAUGACAAGAGCAGGUUCAAACUUCUGUUUGUGUUUGAUGGACUGGACGAGAGUCGCCUCCAACUGGACUGUAGCACCAGUGAGGAGGUGACGGGUCGAGGUAAAGUCACAGAGUCCACCUCAGUGGAUGAGCUGCUGACAAACCUCAUCAGAGGAAAACUACUACGCUCUGCUCGCAUCUGGAUCACCACACGACCUGCAGCAGCCAAUCAGAUUCAUAGAGACUUUGUUGACGUGGUGACGGAGGUCAGAGGGUUCACUGACCCACAGAAGGAGGAGUACUUCAGGAAGAGAUUCACAGAUGAGGAGCAGAGCAACAGAAUCAUGUCCCACAUCAAGACGGCACGAAGCCUCCACAUCAUGUGCUACAUCCCAGUCUUCUGCUGGAUCACUGCUACGGUUCUGGAGGAUCUGCUGGAAACCAGAGAGGGAGGAGAGCUGCCCAAGACCCUGACAGAGAUGUACGCAGAGUUCCUGGGGUUUCAGAUGGAUCAGACUAAAAACAAGUAUAGACCAGAACAGAGCAGUAACUACAUCAAGUCAUUAGCUAAACUGGCUUUUAAGCAGCUGCUAAAGGGAAACUUGAUCUUCUAUGAGGAAGAUCUCAAUGAGAGCGGCAUCGAUGUUAGCGGAGCGUCAGUGUGUUCAGGAGUGUUCACAGAGAUCUUUAAACAGGAGCGAAGGAGGAAAGCCAAGAACAAGAUGUUCAGCUUUGUUCAUCUGAGCAUUCAGGAGUUUCUAGCUGCUGUUCACACGAUGCUCUGUUACACCAACAGGAAGAUGGAGGAACUGGAGAACUUCGUAGGAACCUCCAAUGCUGCUCUGGAUGUUGUCCUGAGUAUAACCAUCAAGAAAUCCAUCCAGAGUCCAAGUGGCCACCUGGACCUGUUUGUUCGCUUCCUUCAUGGCCUCUGUCUGGAGUCCAACCAGAGAAUCUUAGGAGGUUUGCUGUGUCACACAGAGAACAGUCCAGAAAUCAUCCAGAGAAUCAUCAACAACCUGAAGGAGAUGAACAGUGGUGGAAUCUCUCCAGACAGAAGCAUCAACAUCUUCCAUUGUCUGAUGGAGAUGAACGACCACUCAGUCCAUCAGCAGAUCCAAGAGUUCCUGAAGUCAGAGAACAGAUCAGAGAAGGAACUCUCCUUGUUUCAGUGCUCAGCUCUGGCCUACAUGCUGCAGAUGUCAGAGGAGGUUCUGGAUGAGUUGGACCUGAGCCAGUACAAAACAUCAAAGGAGGGACGACGGAGACUGAUCCCAGCUGUGAGGAACUGCAGAAAGUUUAAACUUUCUGGCCGUGAACUCACAGAGACUUACUGUGAAGUUGUGGCGUCAGCUCUGAAAUCCAACCCGUCACAUCUGGCACAUCUGGACCUGAGUAACAAUGACCUGCAGGACUCAUCAGUGAAGGUUCUGUGUGCUGGACUGGAGAGUUCUCACUGUCGACUGGAGACUCUGAGAUUAAGUGGCUGGAGUUUGUCAAAGAUCAUCUUUGAUUCUCUGAUCUCAGCUCUGAAGUCCAACCCAUCACAUCUGACACAACUGGACCUGAGUGACAACAGCCUGCAGGAUUCAUCAGUGAAGCAGCUGUGUGGUUUUCUGGAGAGACGUCACUGUCGACUGGAGACUCUGAGACUGAGUGUGUGUGACCUGUCAGAGAGAAGCUGUGAAGCUCUGUCAUCAGUUCUCAGCUCUCGGUCCUCUAGUCUGAGAGAACUGGACCUGAGUAACAACAACCUGCAGGAUUCAGGAGUGAAGCUACUGUCUGCUGGACUGAAGAGUCCUCACUGUCGACUGGAGACUCUCGGGUCAGGAGUCAUGAAGCUAAAGAUCAUCUAUGAAAUGCUGUCAGGCUGUCUGCUCUCAGAGGAAGCUUGUGUCUCUCUGGCCUCAGCUCUGAGCUCCAACCCCUCCCAUCUGAGAGAGCUGGACCUGAGCUACAAUCAUCCAGGAGACUCAGGAGUGGAGCUGCUGUCUGCUGGAGUCAAGGAUCCACACUGGAGACUGGACUCUCUCAGGGUGGAGCCUGGUGGAGUCCGAUGGUUGACACCAGGUCUGAGCAAGUAUUUCUGUCAACUCACCAUCGACACAAACACAAUGAACGGGAAACUACAACUGUCUGACAACAACAGGAAAGUGACACGUGUGGAGGAGGAUCAGUCAUAUCCUGAUCAUCCAGACAGAUUUGAAGUCUGGCCUCAGCUGCUGUGUAGUAAUGGUCUGACUGGACGCUAUUACUGGGAGGUUGGGUGGAGAGGAACCGUUUAUAUAUCAGUGAGUUACAGAGGGAUCAGAAGGAAAGAAGACAGUUAUGACUGUUGGUUUGGACGCAACAAUCAGUCCUGGAGUCUGAUCAGCUCUGAUCGUCGUUACUAUGUCAGACACAAUAACAUAUUAACAUCCAUCUCCUCCUCUGUGUCUCACAGAGUAUCAGUGUAUGUGGACUGUCCUGCUGGUUCUCUGUCCUUCUACAGAGUCUCCUCUGACAAACUGAUCCACCUUCACACCUUCAACACCACAUUCACUGAACCUCUUUAUCCUGGGUUUGGUUUCUGUCCUGGUUCCUCAGUGUCUCUGUGUGAUGUGUCGUAAUGAGAGUUUGAUCCUGUCAGAGAAAUGUUGUCACUGUUUAACAUAGUUCAGUCUGUUUACGUCUGUCUUGUUUUCAGAUUUAUGUAUUAAAUUUAUGUAUUAAAGUUUCUUUCUGAACCAGU